UUCUCCCUGCGCCUUCUGGGUUUCUUCACCUAAGGGUGCUUUGCUUUCUCUUUGAGGAAGACAAAGUCGCAGCCACAGCAGGGUUUUGGCUGACCCCCUCCUGCUCCUGAUUCCCUGCUGCUCUCGGCGCCAAGGAACAGGUCCUUCUGGAAGCCACACUGCGGCCAUGGCUUUUAAAGACACCGGGAAGACACCCUUGGAACCAGAGGUGGCGAUUCGCCGAGUUAGAAUGACUCUAACCAGCCAUAGCAUAAAAUCUUUAGAGAAGGUAUUUGCUGACUUGAUCACAGGCGCAAAGGAAAAGACUCUCAAUGUGAAAGGACCAGUUUGGAUGCCUACCAAGACUCUGAGAAUCACUACAAGAAAAACUCCUUGUUGGGGUGCCUGGAAAAGAAAAACUUGUGGUGAAGGUUCUGAGACUCGGGAUCAUUUUCAGAUGAGCAUCCACAAGCGACUCAUUGAUUUGCACAGUCCUUCUGAGAUUGUUAAGCGGAUUACUUCCAUCAGUAUUGAGCCAGGAGUUGAGGCUGAAGUCACCAGUGCAGAUACUUAA